AUGGCUCCCUCCAUCGUGGUCACCAGCAAGAGCGCUGCUCCAACGCCUGAAGACGUCUCUGCCUUUACCAAAGAAAUUUACGGCUCAAAAACUUCUCAGGCAUCUCUGGACGCCGCCUAUGCGCUCACGGACGUACUGAUCAACAGCGUUGGCUUUCGAGGCCUCCACGCCUAUGGCAUACUACCCGAGAUUGUCAAGGCUGCGGCCGAUAAGAAGAGCGAGGGCAAGCGAGAGGGCGCCAUGUUUGCGCUUGGUGCUAUGUUCGAGAAAUUCCCACCAAAGCAGAAGUUGAGCGAGGUCGUAUUCCUCCUACAAGAGCCAGGCUUGGUGUCAUGCGCCCUCGACUCACUAGCAGAUAAGAAGAGUGCCGUCAAGGAGGGUGGCCGGUAUGCCUUGGACACACUCUUUGCCCAUCUCUCGCCCGAGGCCAAGGUCUUCGGACUUCUACCUACGCUGAUGCAGUACUUGGCCAAGAAGACCGGCAAGUGGCAAGGAGCUGUUGGAGCUUUCGAGCUGAUCGGUCGCAUGGCCGACAAGGCGAAGAUGGGCAUGGACAGCCGGGAGGCUGAGAAGGACAAGGAUGUACUUAGAGACGCUAUGGGCAAGCGACUCGAUCGAUUAAUCCCGAUCGUCGAGGGCGGCAUGCACGAUCUGAAGUCCGAGGUCUCGAAGCAGGCCAUCAAGUCCAUGAACAGCUUGACUACACUCCUACAGAACGAUGAUGUCGCACCACGAAUACCGUUGCUCGUGAAGAGCAUGGAAGACCCGAGCACCGAGGCGCAGAGGAAGGCCAUCCACGCACUCAGCCAGACCACUUUCGUCACAGUCGUCACUUCGCCAGUCCUUGCACUUCUCACACCACUUCUCGAACGUUCGCUGAACACACCAACAACUACACAAGAAGUCAUCAGACAAACAGUGGUGGUGGUAGAGAACUUGACCAAGCUCGUACACGACCCGAUAGAAGCCCGCGCCUUUUUGCCCAAGCUCAAGCCUGGUGUACAAAGAGUUAAAGACAGUGCAUCUUUGCCAGAAGUCCGCGAGAUUGGUCAGAGAGCGCUCGAUGUCAUUGUCAAGGCGAUGGGCGAGCAGUCAAAUGGCGACGCGAACACACAUGCAGUACUCGAGAAGGCGAAGGCAGAGGAUGUGCUAGUCGUGCUCGAGAAAGAGGUGAAGCAAAAUGGUGGACUUGUCAACUACCCAGGCGAUGCAGAGGUUUGGACACAUGCGAAGACUUUCAUCUCAGAGAGCGUAGCGGAGGUCGCGAACCAGCGGGCGAUCGAGCGUGUCGUGCCGAACGUUGUGCAGUAUCUGUCGCCUCUCAUGGACGAUGGCAAGGCGGAUGCUGUGGCCGAAUCCAUGCAUAAGUUCUACCUCGCUGAGGACGAGCGAAAGUAUGGUGUACCUGAGAGAGUGGACGACGGCGAGAUUGAGAUCGUGAACGCUAACUUCUCUCUUGGAUACGGUGGUAUGCUUCUGCUGUCGCACACAAACCUGAAGCUGCUUAAGGGCCAUCGCUACGGUCUAUGUGGUCGCAACGGUGCCGGAAAGUCAACCCUCAUGCGAUCUAUCGCCAGUGGCAAGCUUGAUGGCUUUCCACCUCAAGAUGAGGUUCGAACGUGCUUCGUAGAGCACAACCAGGGCGAAGCUGCUGAUCUCACAAUUCUGGAGUACUGUCUACAGGAUCCUGAAUUGCAAAGCGAAGGCAAGGAGCGCAUCGCGGCAGUUCUGGAGGAAGUCGGUUUCACAUCUGGACCCGAAGGCCGCCAGCAACAGAAUGUCGGCAGCUUGUCCGGUGGCUGGAAAAUGAAGCUUGCUUUGGCUCGUGCCAUGUUGAUGCGUGCUGAUGUUUUCCUCCUCGACGAACCUACCAACCAUCUCGACGUGGGCAACGUCAAGUGGCUGCAAGACUAUCUCAAGACACACACCGACAUCACCUCUCUCCUUGUCUCCCACGACUCUGGCUUCCUGGACGAAGUCUGCACAGAUGUCUACAACUACGAGAACAAGAAGCUCAUCCACUACCGUGGUAACCUAUCGGAGUUCGUGAAGCAGAAGCCGGAGGCAAAGGCAUACUACACCCUCAGCGCUGCUCAGGUGCAGUUUAAGUUCCCACCUCCUGGAAUUCUUACUGGCGUGAAGAGUAACACUCGAAGCAUCCUCCGCAUGACAGAUUGCACUUACACCUAUCCCAAUGCUCCGAAGCCGAACUUGUUUAACGUCUCAGGCUCGCUCACCCUCAGUAGUCGUGUGGCGAUCAUUGGACCCAACGGCGCCGGCAAGUCCACUUUGAUCAAAGUCCUUACUGGCGAAACUGUCCCUCAGACCGGGAAAGUCGAGAAACAUCCUAACUUGCGAAUCGGCUACAUCAAACAACACGCCCUCGAACACGUCGAGAUGCAUCUUGAGAAAACACCAAACCAAUACCUUCAGUGGCGCUACGCUAACGGCGACGACCGUGAGGUUCUGAUGAAGCAGACACGUAUCCUGUCCGACGCGGACAAAGCACAGAUGCUAGUCACCAUCGACACGGGCGAGGGUAAAGGUGAAAGACAGAUCGAGGCCCUCAUUGGGAGGCAGAAGUACAAGAAGACUUUCCAGUAUGAGGUCAAGUGGAUCGGAUGGCUGCCGAAGGAUAACACUAUGUGCUCACGCGAGACGCUCAUGGAAAGGGGAUUCCAGAAGCUGAUCCAAGAGUUUGAUGACCAUGAGGCUUCGCGUGAAGGUUUGGGUUUCCGAUCUCUAGAGCCGAAAGUCAUCUCGAAGCAUUUCGAGGACGUGGGAUUGGAUCCUGAGAUCGCCAAUCACAAUGAGAUCUCUGGUCUUUCUGGAGGGCAGAAGGUCAAGGUUGUCUUGGCUGGUGCUAUGUGGAAUAAUCCUCAUCUAUUGGUGUUGGACGAGCCGACGAAUUUCUUGGAUCGAGAUUCGCUUGGUGGUUUGGCUGUUGCGAUCAGAGACUACAAGGGUGGUGUGGUGAUGAUCUCUCACAAUGAGGAAUUCGUUGGCGCUCUUUGCCCGGAACAGUGGCAUGUUGACAACGGCCGUCUGACACAGAAAGGCCACUUGGCUGUCUCCAUGGACCGAUUCGAGGACUCCCGACCCGGUUCCUCCAUGGCUUCGUCCCUCGCCGGAUCCUCUGCCGUUUCUUCGGCUGCGCCCAGCACGGAUGGGACGCCGGCUGGUUCGGCACAGGUUUCGGAGAAUGAAGGUGGAGAUAUGAAGUUCAAGGCUAAGAAGAAGAAGAAGAUGACGAGGCAGCAGGCCAAGGACCAGGAGGUCAGGAGGAGGUUGAGGCAUAUCGAGUGGUUGAACUCUCCCAAGGGAACGCCGCAUCCGGUUGAUAGUGAUAAUGAUUAG